GUCACGGAACCUGCCAGGCCACUCUUUGACCUUGCCUCUCUUCUCCAGCUCCUGAACUUUCCCUCCUUCUCUCAUGGGCCCUGAGUCCAUUCCUAGCAAAUUAACAGGCCCAGGACUACUGGUCUGCAGACAUCCUGGGCCCACUGAGCAAAGCCAAGUUGUCUGUCUCUGCCCCCUGGUGGCCUGAUGACCAAGCUUCAUGGAGGUAUCCUCCAGGCCCCCCUCCAACUUCGAUCCAGGCAACUAUGUUGAGGUGAAUGAGUCAUCCUCCCACACACCCUCAAAAGUGGUGAUACAGGAUAUUACUAUGGAGCUACACUGCCCACUGUGUAACGACUGGUUCCGUGAUCCACUGAUGCUGAGCUGCGGCCACAACUUCUGCCAACCCUGUAUCCAAAACUACUGGAAACUGCAUGCAAAGGAAACAUUCUGUCCUGAGUGUAAGAUGCUAUGCCAGUAUAGCAACUGUACAUUCAACCUUGUGCUGGAGAAGCUGGUAGAGAAGAUUAAGAAGUUACCCCUGCUCAAGGGCCACCCACAGUGCCCAGAGCAUGGAGAGAACCUGAAACUGUUCAGUAAGCCAGAUGGGAAACUGAUCUGCUUUCAAUGCAAGGAUGCACGGUUGUCUAUGGGGCAGUCUAAGGAUUUCCUGCAAAUCUCUGAUGCUGUCCGUUUUUUUACGGAGGAGCUUGCCAUCUAUCAGAGCCAAAUUCAGACAAUCCUGAAGGAGCUUCAGUCUCUCAGAACUAUGCAGAAAGAUGCUAUUGCUGCUUACAAGGACAACAAGAUACAACUGCAACAACACCUUUCCUUGGAGUUUCUAAAGCUGCAUCAGUUCCUGCACAACAAAGAAAAGGACAUUCUAAAUGAACUCCGGGAUGAGGGGAAAGUCUUGAAUGAGGAGAUGGAGCUGAAUCUGAAUCAGCUUCAGGAACAGUGUCUUCUUGCCAAAGACAUGCUGAUGAACAUUCAGACACGGAUGGAACAGCAGAAUUCCUUCAACUUCCUCAAAGACAUCACAAAGCUCUUAGAUAGUAUGGAGAAAGGAAUGAGGGCACUCAUACCCAGACAGCUUAUCUCCAAAAAGCUGAGUCCAGGCCGCUUCAAAGGUCCCAUCCAGUAUAUGGUCUGGAGGGAAAUGCAGUCCAUUCUCUAUCCAGGCCUAUCUCAAUUAACUCUGGAUCCUAAAACAGCUCAUCCAAAUCUGGUACUAUCCAAAAGCCGGACAAGUGUGUGUCAUGGUGAUGUUAAGCAGGUAAUGCCUGAUGAUCCAGAGAGGUUUGAUUCAAGUGUGGCUGUACUGGGCUCAAAAGGCUUCACCUCUGGAAAGUGGUACUGGGAAGUAGAAGUAGCAAAGAAGACAAAAUGGACAGUUGGAGUCGUCAGAGAGUCCAUCAUUCGGAAGGGGAGCUGCCCUCUGACUCCUGAGCAAGGAUUCUGGCUUUUAAGACUAAGGAACCAAACUGAUCUAAAGGCUCUGGAUUUGCCUUCUUGUAGUCUGAAACUGGGUGAUCUCAACAGGGUGGGCAUCUACCUGGAUUAUGAGGGAGGGCAGUUGUCCUUCUAUAAUGCUGUGACCAUGACCCAUCUUUACACCUUCAGUAGUCUUUUCAUGGAGAAACUUUUCCCCUACUUCUGCCCCUGCCUUAAUGAUGGUGGAGAGAAUAAAGAACCAUUGCACAUCGUACAUCCACAGUAAUUAGUCAUACUAUUGUAUAAAUUCAGAGCGUUAUUAAAGUAUUGAAAUAGUUUACCAAUUUCACUGGAUUCUCUUUCCAAUUUAUGGGGAACUCUGACAUAAAAAGUAGGAUUCACAAACUGAGUUACAUUUCAGUUUCCUACAUGGAUUUUUCUGGAGCCUUUCAAGAUAACAUUCUACUUCUCUGGGGUCUUCUAGGACAUAGGAGUUUCCCUGAGUAUGAUCUUCCUGUCUUGUUUCUGGAGCAAGCUGCAACUUGAUUUUGUGAUGCCUGGAAACUCUUUUAGAACAUGCUGUCAGCAUAAUGAGUCUCUGAGAGGAUGAAUUUUCACAUCUAUACUUUUCCUCCCGUUUAAUCAUCUAUUUUUUCUUUGCUGCUGGAAUUUAAUUAUAAAAUUUCAUCUCAUUUCUUUUCCAAAACAUGUUGCUGUAAAUUUGAAAUUUUUCUCCAGAGACUUAAAGUAGAAAAUGGCCUAAUUAGCUUAUUAAUUAUGUCUUCAUACAUUCACUCAACAUACUUUUUAGUCUAAAAUCUUUUAUUCUUUUUCUUCUUGUCAGUUUUUUCCUGCUUUAUUAGUGAGAGUUACCUGUUUCCCCUAUAUUAAAAUACAUCCAUGUUUCCAUCUGCUUUGAUUCUGUCCUUUUUCAUCAGCACUAUCUAUAUUUCAAUUAGCAGCAUUUUUCACCCUAUCUUUUCAACAUGUUUAUUCUAUGGCCUGUUCCUUCUUUCUAGGUUUAGAGUUUUUGAUAUCCACAGUACUUUUGAUGAAAUGGCCCUAUUUCCCUUUUUUUGGAAUUUCCCAUGUAAAAUUGCUUUUAUAUGGAACAUGUUUAUAUUUAUAACAGAUGAUUUUGGUAACUAGCACAACAUGAUUAAAAGGCUACAUUUAAAAUUUACUAUUUUUUCUAAACAAAAUAUCUUAUUUUUUAUUUAUGUGUAUGUAUCUGAGUGUAUGCCCCACGGGUGCAGUAGCCUGUGGAAUACCAAAGAGGAUACUGAAUCCCUUGGAGCUGGAGUUAUAGGUCAUUGUGAGCGGCCUGAUUGGGUGCUGGGACCAAACUUGGGUCCUCUGAAAGAUCAGGACAUGCUCUUAAUCACUGAGCCAUCUGUCCAGCCCCUUACUAUGUCUUUUAAUGACUUUACUUCAACCAGAAUGUGAUGAGGACUCAUUGUGAGCCUGGAACUUUGCUUGGUGUCAUCACUGUCUCCCCUCUUCUCCCCUAUCAACUAAUGUACUUUCUUAAUUAUUUCUAAUAAUACACAAUAAUUAAGGCAGGUGAUAGAUAUGUAGAGGUUUAAUGAGAAUAAUAAUAAAAUACUAUUAACAACUUAGCUUUAGAACCCAAACAAUAGUGAAACAUUGGUGGCUACUAUGUGCCUCUUUCAGUCUUCAGGUAUUAACUACUCUGUUUUGUAUUAAAACCUAAGAUACGACCUGGAGAGAUGGCUCAGCACUUACUACUCUUGCAGAAGAUCCAGGUUUGGUUCCCAGCACACACAGGGCUGCUGCUUAUAAAUACCUGUAAUUUCAGUUUCGGGGAAUUCAUGCUUUCUUCUGACUUCCUCAGGUUCCUGCACACAUGGAGUAUGCACGCAUACUCAGACACACACAUACAUACUCAUAAUGAAUAAAUAAAUGUUCUAUAUAAAAUUAUUUUAAAAUAUAAACUGUUGCUGUUUUUCUAUACAUGUAUUAUUUUAUUUUUUCUCUAUAUAAUUUCAUGUAUUUCCAAAAUAUAUAUUUUCAUUUUAUCACUUCAUUUGAACUUGAAAAUAAAUUGUAUGGUGUUGUAUGUCUUCCUGGCCUUUUUGGAAAUUCAAAAUUAUGAUGUAUUAGUAUUCCUUCCAUUAUCCAUGGUUUCGUGUUCCACAGUUACAAUUGUCUACAGUCAAUCAAGGUCUGAAAAUAUCAGUGGGAAAUUCCAGAGAUAAAUGAUUCAUUAAUUUAGAAUUGUGGUUCUGAGCACUGGUGGUGCAACUCAGUGGUAGAGACUUAUGAUGUAUGAAGGUUUGGGUUCAAUCCCCAGGACUGCAUAAACAAACAAAUACAAAAAUAAAUAAAAUAUCCAGUUCUGAGUAGUAUGAUAAAAUCUUAUGCCCUCCUACUCCUCCCACUUGGGAUUGAUAGAGUAGCAUAUUCAUAAUAUAUAUACUAACUUCCUCAUGGUAGUUGAGAGAAAACACAUUAACUUUUGUUCAAUAUAUUCUUAUAAUUGCUCUAUUUUAUUAUUGUCAAUCUCUUUCCAUGCCUUACUCAUAAAUUUAAAUUUGUCAUAGCUAUAUGUGUGUAGUGGUGGGAAGUAUUAUAGUACAUAGAGUGUCUGGUAUUAGCUUCUGGUAUACAUUUGGGAUAUGCUUAAGGACUAUUGUAUUUCACUCCAUGAAAAUACAGUAAUUCAGGGUCAAUAGUGGGUAAAGACAGUUGCUGCCAAGCCUGAUGACCUGAGUUUGAUCCUUAGGGUCCACAUUGUGGAAAGAGAGAACUGAUUCCCUCAAGAUGUCCUGUGACACUUCCACAUCUAAACCAUGUCACCUCUCAAAUAAAGAAAUAAACAUAAUUAAAAAAUUUAAAGGAGAGACGGUAAUUGAAAUACCCAUUGUACACUGAUUGUUUCCAUUUCCCCUUUCUGUUGUUGUUGAUGUUAGCAAUUAAGCUGCCAUAAACAUUCUAUGUAUACUGCUGUAUGUGCACAUGGGAGCAAGAGUUUCCACAGUGUAUAUGUGAUAAAUGCUGGGUGACAUUAGACACAUAACUUUAAGUAACCCUGGAUUGUUGAUCAAAGUGAUAGCAUAUAUUUAUUUUCUCACUAGCAGCAGCAGUAGGAAUUCCUCUGACUCUGUCUUUGCCAAUCCACUUUUAAUUAAUAAGGUCAGUAUGUAAUCGUAUGUCAUUGUGGUUUUAUUUUGCAUUUUUGUAAUUACCAUGAGAUUAGGCAUAUUUUCAUGUGUUGGAGAUUUGUGGGUCUUUUUGUAGAAAGUCAAUUCAGAUGUUUACUGAAUUUUUUAAUUGGGUCAUUUCUCUUUUAUUGUUUCAUAGGUUACUUAUAUAUUCUGGAUACUAAUCCUUUGUUGAUUAUUUGCACCGCAGGUACCUUUCCCAUUUUCUGACUUGUGUAUAUUCACUCUAAUUAUGGUGACUUUGAUGAAGAGAAGUUUAAUGGAGUCAAAUUUGUGUAGUUUUUUUUUGUCAUGGUUAACACUGUCUCAAUUAAAAAGAAAUCCUUUACUUGGGGACAAAAA